CCCUUCCGUUUCCUUCCUCGCUUCUCGAUUCAGCUCGCGCCGCCGCCGCCUUCGCUGACCUGCGCGCGCACGAGCCGAUUCGAGCCCACCGCUACAGAGGUUUCGAGAGAAUUUUGGAGCUACUGGGGUGUGAACAGAGAGCCUGUGCCGCGCUGCUCUGCUUUUUGUCGCCCACUGUUUCGCGUCAAUUCUCGCUCGAAAAGGGAUGGGGACAGGUGAGGGGCCGCCGGCGAGGCGGGAAAACGGCGGGCGGCGGCGGCGGUGGCUGGACGGGGACGACGACGACGAGGAGUAUGUAGCGGAGGAGGAAGAGGAGGAGUAUGCGGAGGAGCUCUCUGCCCCGAGCGCCGCCGAGGAGGGGGAGGAUUCAGACGCGGAAUACGAGGUGGACGAAGAUGAGGACGAGGUUGAGACGCCGCGUCCGAAGCGAACGGUAAAGGGCGGUGACCGCGGGCGGAAGAGGAAGGCGGAUCUAGCCGCGGCACGAUCUCGUCGCCGGAAAUAUGAGGAGGACGACGACUACGAAGAGGAGGACGACGACUACGAGGAGGUUGAGGAAUACCACGAUGAACUCGAGGAAAUGGUGGAGGAGGAGGAAGAGACGCCGCCGCGGCCCAAGAGUGUGGUGAAAUGCGGUGGGCGUGGCCAGAAUGUGAAGUUGGCUCCAGCAGCGGAGCAAUCUCAUCAGAGGAGGCACGAGGAGGAGGAUAUGGACUUCGACCCUGACUUGGAUGACGAGGAGGAUGAGGUAGAUGAGGACAUUGAUUUCGACCCUGAAGUGGAUGAUGACGAUGAGGAUGAGGAAGAGGAAUUGGGUGCUCUCCUCACCCGAAAGGUUGCUGUUAAGAAUCCGGUGAAGCCAAAGUCUGUUUCUAAGCGGCAAUCACGGAAGAAGAAGAAGAAGAAGAAGAAGAAUAGUGGAUCUAAAGUCUCCAGGAGGAAGGUGGGUUCUGUGAAAGCGAGGAAGUCUGCACCCAUUAGGCGGCGGAGAAAGAGUUUUGUGAUUGACGACUACAAUGAGGAUGAGGAUGAUGACUCCAUAAGGCGGCGGAGAAAGCGUUCAGUGAUUGACCACUAUGAGGAAGAGGAUGAUGACUUCAUUGUGGAGGAUCAGGUCAUGGUGAAUCGGCACUCCAGGAAGAAGGCCAGGACCGGGAGUGGGAGGGAGGUGGACCCUCCAGUAUCAGUUGUCCAGGAAGAGACAUGGCCGAAUGUUGAUUCAGACACAUCAGACUUUGAGUUUGUGACGUCUGAUGAGGAACCUAACAAUGUUGAAACACCAAUCGUUGAGCCAAUUACAGCCAGGAAGGGGAGGAAGAAGAGGAUAUCUGGGUCUGAGUCAUCAUCAGAUUCUGAAUUCUUUGUAUCAGAUAAGGAAUUAGAGGAUUUGAGGGAGACUGAUGCCCCAAAGGCUCUGCCAAUGCUGCCUACACAUAUGAGGAGGAUUUUUGUUACAAGGAAUAGAGAAGACAAGGGAAAGAAGAAAGAGGAACCGGAGGAGGCUGGGAAGCCAAUAUGUGGGAUCUGCCUCUCGGAGGAGCAGAGAGCGACUGUGCAGGGUGUCCUUAAUUGUUGCUCUCACUACUUUUGCUUCGCGUGCAUCAUGGAAUGGUCUAGGGUAGAGUCAAGGUGCCCAUUGUGUAAGCAGCGGUUCACAACAAUCACCAAGUCAUCAAAGGUGGAUCUUGGCCUGGGACAGAGAAAAGCUGUAAUUAAGGUCAAAGAGCGUGACCAGAUUUAUCAGCCCACCGAAGAAGAAAUAAGGCGCUGGUUAGACCCAUAUGAGAAUGUUGUGUGUAUAGAAUGCAAUCAAGGUGGCGAUGAUAGUCUCAUGUUACUAUGUGAUAUUUGUGAUUCCUCUGCGCAUACUUAUUGUGUUGGCCUGGGAAGAGAAGUACCUGAAGGAAAUUGGUACUGUGGAGGAUGCAGACUUAGUGACGAGGGACCAUCCUAUACCAGAAUACAACAUACAAUGGGUUAUGAAAGACAAAAUUACAGAAAUCAUGCUGAUGGUAGUUCUGUAGGGUUUGGCACGGCUGCACAAAAUGGCACAUUCGAAAGAUUGCCAUCAGUCAACCCUCGUUCUUUUCAAGGGAUUGAUCUAAAUCUAUCUCCAAGAGAGGUUCCUGGGGAAAUUCAUUCUGCUGAAUCACAAGUUUCAACUGAUAGCAUACCAACUCCUGGAAGGCGUGCAACUCUUUCAGGAAGGCGUCAAAUACAUCGGUAUAUACGGAUUUUGCUAACUAGACCAAGGCCAUCUAGUGGACCAGACAUUUACCCUAAUAUUGUACAGGACAGUGGUGCUGUACCAAGAACUGAACCAAACCGCCAUAACUUCCAUUCUUUGUCAGAAGCAAACACUUCACAGAUUCUGCCUGAUGGCAUUCAGAACCAACACAAUGGCCUUCCGUUUGUUCAAGCUCACAGCAAUUUUGCUCCAUGCAUGUCCCUAGAUGGGGAUGAUUACCAACAAAUUGAAGGUGUCAAGAGCAACCUCAAGAACACAACCUCAAGAGCGUGUAGUGAAAGUCCUCGUUAGAAUGCCAUUCUACUCCAUGAACAUUAUUAAGGGAGCAACAUGUGCCAUUUUAUUGGCUUUUGGGAUUGAACAUAGCAAGCGUGUGCCUGUUGCCUCGCCUUAAUAUCCUCAUCGAGCUUGCAAUCAUGCUCUGUUUGCGACACCCAGCAUUUCUCAUUGAAUAGCUGGUCAAUGUGAUUCAGCUCGUGUGUUAGAGAUGUGGUCAAUGACAUAGCACACACUUUUCCGAAGCCCUUUGUUCUAGUUUAGGCAUUUUUUCUUGUUAUUGUCAUUCUCAUCCAUUCAGUCAUUAAACACAACCUCAAAGAUCACACAACGACAAAGAUGUUUCUGAAUGUCUGGAUAGCUUCAUAUUUAUACACUGUAACAUUGUGGGACACCAUCUUCAUUAGGCUGAUCAUUCUUUCCCUGACGAGAUGCUCUUUUGACCAUUAAAGGAGUUGCUAAUUGAACUUCCCA